AUGUCUGUUCAAUACGAUAUUCCAAUCGCCGAACAACAGAAGCUCGACCAUGACCGUCUUCGCGGACGCAGACAGAAACAGAAAUGGGCGUUUGGGGAACGAGAACCAACGCCAGGGCAGCAAGGCAGGCGCCCCAUGAAGCCCCUCAAGUCAGUACUGCCAGAACUGAUCAGCUUUUGGCCUAACCUUGCUGACGAUCACAACAGUGUGAAUGCCUGCAAUGCUAUCCGCACCGAAGUUGAUUUCCGUAAGAACAAGGACAUGAAGUCGGAAAAGAUAUCUCGCAAUCAAGUCUUUCGGCCUGAUGUUGACCCCGAUUUCGCGGAGCAUGACGAGGAUAUUCAAGGCGCAUUCAAGGGUGUCGCUCCCGAUUCGGCUCUCACCUACUCCUACGAUAACAAGAGAGGCGCCAACAAAGGAAGCCAGAUCCUUGGUCAGGCAAUCGCGAGGGCGGUGGAGAAAUAUGAGACGAAGGCAACCGAGAAGUUGAUCAAGGAGGAGUACGAAAUUGUGGGACAUGAGAAGGACCAGGGUCAUUCAGCAACGUCGACUGAUGAGGAUGAUUUUGAACUUUUGUGA